UCCCGUGUUUCUCUCAACAGGUCUGACAGGAUGCGUUGGCUGGGCGGGUGGGCGUGGCGAGUGGGCGGCGCAGUGGGCGUCAUGUGGCUGGUGGGCGUGGCGCUGUUCGCUCCGCCCAGUCCUUCGCCGAGCGCCAGCGACCCCCGCCUCGCGCAGCGCCUCCAGCGGGCGGUGCAGGAGCUGGACAUCCUCAAGAAGCAGAACGACGACAUCAGACAGGUCCUGCAGGACUUCACCAAGCAAGUGAGCUCGCUGAACGGGGAGGCGCCGCCGCACGCCAACACGGCCAUGGUGGCUGAGCUGCAGAGGAAGCUGGACCACGCUCAGCGUAUGUUACAACAAGCUGAUGCAACUGCUGACCACAAGACAGGCACCUCUGACUUCACGCCCUCGCUGGAGUUCGAGAAGACGCGUCGCCUGGUGGAGCGCGGCGUGCAGGAGAGCUGGUGGUACGUGUCGGACCAGCUGCAGCAACUCCGGAAGAAGCUGGACGCCUUCGCGGACCACACGGCGCACAUCGACCGCGUCCUGGAGGAGGGGGUCGACCACGUGAGGGUCCUUCAGUACGACCUCCUCCGCCUGAGCCAGCUGGACGGACUGGGGACGUGGCGCGAGCAGGAGGCGGCCGACCUGAGUGCCCUUAUGCAACGCAGAUUGCACGCGCUGCAACAUCCCAAGGAUUGCGCCAAGGCCAGGAAAUUGGUCUGCAACCUUAAUAAGGGCUGCGGCUACGGGUGCCAGAUCCACCACGUGGUCUACUGCUUCAUCGUGGCCUACGGCACCAAGAGGACGCUGAUCCUCAAGUCCCGCGGCUGGAGGUACAAUAAGGCAGGCUGGGAGGACGUGUUCCAGCCUCUCAGCGAAACCUGCACCGAUCUCUCGGGCUACACGCACUCGCACUGGCCAGGAUCGAACGAGACGCAGGUGGUGGACCUCCCGAUCAUCGACACGCUGUCCCAGCGGCCGCCCUACCUCCCGCUGGCCAUUCCCAGGGACAUCUCGGACCGCCUGACGCGGCUGCACGGGGACCCGGCCGCUUGGUGGGUCGGACAGUUCCUCAAGUACAUGCUCAAGCCGCAGCCCAAGACACAGGAGAUGCUGGAUAGCAUGUCCGAUUCGCUGGGAUUCCAGAAGCCGAUUGUGGGAGUGCACGUGCGGCGGACGGACAAGGUGGGCACGGAGGCCGCCUACCACUCCAUAGACGAGUACAUGAAGCACGUGGGCGAGUACUACCGGGCCCUGAGUCUGCGUCAGCCCGACGUCGUCAAGAGGGUGUACUUGGCCUCCGACGACCCCACCGUCAUCACCGAGGCCCAGAAGAAGUUCCCCGACUACACGUUCAUCGGCGACUCGAACAUCGCGCGAACUGCGGCCGUUGCAACGCGCUACACGGACGCGUCACUCAAGGGCAUCAUUGCAGACAUUCACUUCUUAUCGCUCACAGACUACCUGGUUUGCACCUUCUCAUCCCAGGUGUGUCGCAUCGCAUAUGAAAUUAUGCAGACUUUACAUCCAGAUGCAUCAGGCUAUUACCGAUCUCUGGAUGAUAUUUAUUACUAUGGUGGACAAAAUGCACACAAUCAGAAAGCGAGAUUCCCACACACUCCACGCAAAUCAGAUGAGAUGAUUUUGAAAGCUAAUGAUGUUGUGGGCAUCGCAGGUAACCACUGGAAUGGUUACUCGAAGGGCGUGAACAGGAGAACACGGCAAAACGCUCUUUACCCAUCAUAUAAAAUGGAGGAAAUCGUUGACAUAGCAGAUUUCCCGUCAUAUGCCGAGGUUGAUAAAAGAAGUGGGACAUGAAUGAUAGCUAAUAAUUAGGUACUGUUUUUUUUUUUCUUUUUUUUUUAUUUAGAUAGAUUUUAGCUGGCAAAUUAUCUUGAGAUUUAUAUUAUUUUGUGAUAUAUUUUAAAAAUACAUUCUGUUGUGGUGAGAUUUUUUCUUUUUAAUGAAUGAAAUCAGGGAUAUGUUUUAGCUUUUUCUUUCCGUCGCGUUCAGUCCGAGGAGCGGCUAUGAACUAAGAGGCACACGAGGCAAGGAAAGGGACUUGUUAGUUUCUCUCACUGUAUCCCAGUCUGAGGCAUUAGGAAGGCACUCUAGUUUGAUGGUUCAUUCACAUGAUAAAUCAUCACAUAAUGAAUGUUUGUUGCAGGUCCAAUAUUUCCUGUGCAUUCUCCUUCUCCACAUGUGAAAUGCAUUAUCAUUUUCAUGUGAUUCUUGUUUUAUUUAUUGACGUGGAUUAAGGGCAGAGUUGUGUGGGAAAUUUUUUUAAAAUGGGGAAAACUGUGUAAAAAAAGCACCACCAUUAUCUUAUAUUUGUUACAUGUAUAAACUAGCAGUGCUCAGGGUAGGUGGCGAUUUUAGAAAUGGUUUCACAGACAGUCUGAUAUUUGAACAUCAAUGGCUAUCAUCAAAUCUUCUUCCCUUUUAUUCUUUUUAUUUUUAAUGUUCGCACCCUAAACUCACGUUGUUAAUUGUAUCCAUGCAGUAAAUGUCACAGAAGAGAUCCAUGCCAUGUCUUAAUAUGUUUGUGGUUUUAUAAGAAGUUCUUUAUUACAGAUUUUGAUGUGUGAAAUAAAAUGUUUCAUGUGCUCACAGUAAAUGCUCCCCACCAUAUGUGUUGUGAAAGAUGUCCCUUCAAGGCACUGAGGAAGAAGGAGUGAACAUUUCAUCCUACUGAGAUUCAGUUCCUUUUUUUCCCAUUCAUUCAUUUUUGUUUCAGUUCAAAUACUUGUUGGUGCAGUGUUGCCCCUUCCCCCCCAUAACAUCACCUCUCUGGAAAUGUAAAGAGUGCUGUUUGAGUAUUCAUUACACAUGGUUAUGGUGCCUGACAAAGUGCUAUGUCCAUUGCUAUUAAACCUUCCCUUUUUAUAAAGAAAUGCUGAACACUAUUGUUUAGAAAUAGGUACUCCUGUUGGCCUUUCAGUUUACUACCAUAACCCAGGAUGUUUUGCAAAUCAGAAAUCUUGAUUUAUCUGAAGGAGCUUUUACUGUUUUCAUUUGGACCAUUAUUAAUCAAUGCAAUUUUCAAUAAUGAGAAAAUACACCUGCAGAACCCUCCACUUCCAUGCUCACCACUCAGUGUUGCCGAUGUGUGAACCAACAGAUCUGAUUUGUACAUUUAACACCUACUUCUGUGCAUGUUUUGGAUGCCAGAAUUGAAACUGGGAGUUCACACUUUGGCAAGACUGAGUGCUGGGAUUGGAACUGAACUGGACUGCGCAUCAGUCAAGUGUUAUUUUACUGAGAAGGAUAAGUGGAGUGAUGAAACUUACUUUGUAUUAAAGUACUAAAAUACCAGAAAUGUUACUGUAGUGGUAUUUAUCAUUCUAGUUUUAUAUGGAAUGUAUUUAAAUUCUCAUCAAUAUAUGAUGGUAGAAUCCACAUUUGAUACCAAACAAAGGAGUAUUUUGCAUAAAUAUAUGAAUUGAAUACCACUAACAUGUAUAAUUUUAUAUUGUCUUAUUCUUGAGUUGUCCCUAUUUUGAGGAUAAUUUUCUUCAGAAAAACUGGAUCCCAAAAUAUGUAUACAUUCUCUCUGUUUUUAAAUAAUACAUUGAUAAGGAAAUCAUAAACAUUCCUGUUAAUUUUACAUGUAUUUGAAGUUCUAGGAUACAUGCUAUAUGCAGUAUAACUCUUAUAACACUAGCUGAAAUUAUACUUCUAAACCAACUGUCAGUAUUACAUGGUUUUGUGGUAGCCUGAGCAGCAUCUGGUUCCCAUGGUCACUGGCCAUUGAGGGUUCUAUUAAAUAACUCUUAGAUCUUGUUUCCCUUUUAUUGGGUUUGUAUGUAUGUGAAUUCUGACAAUCACCUAUUUAUAUCUUGUGAACUUUUUUCUGGCAAAUAUUUUGAAAGUUGAAUUUAGGAAUAUAUUACAGUUGCCACAAGCAACUUUUAUAAGUAGCAAUUAUGUUCAAAAGAGUGUUUAACUGUUUUGUAUGACAACACCAAAAAGAAAAAAGAAAAGUACACAUUAUUUAUAGGGAACUUUAAAAAAUAAGUCAAUUACCAUCAGUUAUGCAAAUGAUUUUACUACGAAACAGAUUGAAUUUCUUAUAGACAGUAUAUUAUUGUAUGAAUAAAGUACUCAUUAUUUAUUAAAUCAUCACUAGAGUACAAAUGUCAAAAAAUGUUAAUUAACAGUUUUCAUUUAACAGGGGAAUAAAUAUCACCACCAAUUAAAUCAAAAUAACUAGAUUUCAUGCUGUAUAGUGUUAUGUUACAUUAUUAAUUGUUAAAAAAUACAAAUUAUGGCCUUCAUUUCCAAAGAAGUGACGAAAAUAUAAUUCCAUUUUGCAAAUCCCUCAAAGUUAUCAUGAAACAUUAUUAAUUAUGUUGGAGCAUUAUAAGCUACCAUUGAUAUUCAGAGUCUAAGGACCUUGCCAACAAAAGAUCUACAGUUCCAAAGCCAGAGGACUUUUUCUUCUGUGUGCCUGUCCACCAUAGACAACAAAAAAAUAAGAUAAUAUAUAAUGGUAUUUUUCACCAAAUGAAGUUCACUGUGCAAUAAUUAAGUAAAAAAUCAACAGUGAUGUUUAUGAUAUCUCCAUACACAAUUUCCAAGCCAAAACUUUUCAGAGAAAUACAUAUUUUUAGGAUGCAGAGUUUCCCGAAAGAAACAACCCAUGAAAUAGGGAUAGCAAGAACAUCUGUGACAACUAAGAAAGUAAUGUAUAUAGCAUAGUUGUAUAUAUGUACAUAAUAUUCACUAGUAUCAAUUGUAUUAGUGUCAACAUUAAUUCACUCCACAAUUAUCUUGAUACUGUUGGAAAAAGAAAUAUGUUUUUAUUUUAAGAGCACUUGAAUUAAAGCAAACUUUUACAUAUACCUGGAAAGUAAAAUUUUCCAUUAAUGGCUUGGUGUUCCUUUGUCUCUGUUUCCAUCCUUUUCUUGUGUGCAUAAUAUACAAUUUUCAUAUAGAAAAGAAGAAAAAAAAUUGGUGCUGAAAGAAUAUGUAUAUUAAGUUCUGUAUAUGUUACCUUCCCAAAUGAAGAAGCUGAUUGUUUAAAUGUAAUAUUGAUAAUGAAGUGAUUGUGAGCUCUUCUUUGUAUGACGUCUAAUGAACAGUUGUAACCUGUUUCUUGUAUUUCCUAAUAGUGUUCAUCUUCAACAAACUUCAUUGUACAUUCCUGUUUUAUAGAAAAAAGAGAUUGUAUGAAAUUCUAAAAAAAAUAAAGAACAAAAGUUA